CUUAAUUCUGAUAGGCUAAGAAGAGUGCCAGUCACUCCGGCCUGUCAAGCAAACCCCUCCUUCCGUGUCCAAGACACUCCGGCGCUGAAAAGAAGAGCUGAAGACCUAUAAGUAUUGCACUGUAUCUCUCUAUUAUCAGCAUAGGAUGGUGUAGCUUUCGCCACAUAGCUUGCUGACUGUUGUGGCGAGGCCUUCAAAGGUCAGAGUGAUGCUCCUGGCCCCCCUGCUGAGAUUGCUGCUGCUGCCGUUUCCAUAGAAACCAGGUACGAUAGAAACGGUGGGCAGAAAGAAGUCAAGUCGCAAGAAAAUGACGUCGCCGUCGCCCACUCACAGUGACAGUAGCUGCUCCUCUAAACAUGACACCAACCAGGAUGGCUGGGAGAUUGUGGAGGGGCUCAGGGGGUUUCCUGCCAGUAUGCAGGAGCCUGACAAGCAGGAGGGCAUCCUGCUCAAGAGGAGGAAGUGGCCCAUGAAGGGAUGGCAUAAGAGAUACUUUCUGUUGGAAAAAGGCAUCUUGAAAUAUGCAAAGCGUGGAACUGAUCUUGAGAAAGGAAAGCUUCAUGGCUGCAUAGACGUUGGCCUUUCUGUCAUGUCGGUAAAGAAGAAAACCAUGUGCAUUGACCUGGACACAGAGGAUAACAUCUAUCACCUAAAGGUGAAGUCUGCAGAGCUGUUUGAGGAGUGGGUGUCAAAGCUGCGUCAUCACCGCGUGUUUCGGCAGAAUGAGAUUGCCAUGUAUCCCCAUGAGAGGCUCCUUUUGCACCCCCAUGCCUUGUCCUCCCCCUCCCUCAAUGACUCCCUGAGAAAAAGGCUUACUCUCACCAAGCAGGCAUCAGUUCACCAGGCUAAAGUCAGUUCUUGGCUCCACUCUUCAGGGGACAUGGAUAAGUGCUGCAAAGACUUGGAGGCAUGUGAAUCACACCUCCUUGAGCUCAACCUGUUGCUGAAGAGCAUGGAGGUCCUCCAUCGCACAUACUCAGCUCCAGCCAUCAGUACACUACAAGCAUCCACAUAUGACAUUCCUAAAAAGGAGAAGAGGCCAAGGAGGUGGCGAUCCAAAAACAAUGGCAAAGAAACCAAAUCCACGCUACAGGUCUCGAGCUCUGAAUCUUCCAAGUCCCCUCGUUUCCACGCCUCCAACCCCAACCUUUCCACCACUGAGUCCAACACCCAGGAAGUCUGUGCCGAAACCCCUGACUCGCCUACAGACAUGUCACAUUUACAGGAGGAGUUCUGCAGACUGGCCAGCAAUAUCCACUCUAUACUGAAGUCGGCUUUUAGUUCCCUGGUAGCCGAGAGAGACAGACUGAGGCACACCGUCGACCUACAGGCCCCUCAGUCAGCACAAGUCAUUAGCUUAAAGACAUCUUAUGCCUCAGAAUGUCCAGACGGUUCCCAGUCCUUGGUCCACCAAGUGUCCAGUGAGAGUAGAUCAUCUAUCCCAGAGUCAAUGUCAGAGUUCUUUGAUGCUCAGGAGUACCUCCUUUCCUCUUCCUCCUCUGAGAAUGAGGUGUCCGAUGAUGACUCGUAUAUCAGUGAUGUCAGUGAUAGCAUCUCCAUGGAUACGUACAGUAACGAGGGAGGCGGCGAGAGGCACAACUCUGUCAGUAGCGUGGGGACCCUGACUCGUCGGCGCACCAAUCUGCCAUCUCCCAGUCCCACCAGCAGUGUCAGCCUGUGGAACAUCUUGAAGAACAACAUUGGCAAGGACUUGUCCAAGGUGGCCAUGCCAGUGCAGCUCAAUGAACCACUCAACACUCUGCAGAGGCUAUGUGAGGAGCUGGAGUACAGCGAACUGUUGGACACUGCCAACCAAACCCAGGACCCUUACCAACGCUUGGUUUACGUUGCAGCAUUUGCAAUAACUGCGUACGCAUCCACCUACUACCGAGCAGGAAGCAAACCCUUUAACCCUGUCCUGGGAGAGACGUACGAGUGUGAUAGACCUGAUAAGGGCAUCAGGUUUAUAGCUGAACAGGUGAGUCAUCACCCACCUGUGUCAGCAUGUCACACUGAUUCAAGGAACUUCACCUUUUGGCAAGAUGUCCGAUGGAAAAAUAAAUUCUGGGGCAAAUCUAUGGAAAUUGUUCCCAUGGGAACCACACAUGUCACACUGCCUGCCUUUGGGGAUCACUACGAAUGGAACAAAGUGACAUCCUGCAUUCAUAACAUUCUGAGUGGGGAGCGCUGGAUCGAACACUAUGGAGAGAUGGCCAUCAAAAACCUCAACAGUGAUGUGUGCCAUUGUAAAGUCACAUUUGUUAAGGCAAAAUCAUGGAGCUCUGCAGUGAAUGAGAUAGAGGGUGUUGUUACAGAUUCGAAAGGAAAAGUUGUACACUCCAUUUUUGGAAAAUGGCACGAGUCUGUGUUUCAAGGAGACCCACCUUCUGCAACGUGUAUCUGGAGAGCAAACCCCAUGCCAGUGAACCAAGAGCAGUACUAUGGCUUCACCCAGUUAGCAGUGGAGUUAAAUGAGCUGGACUCCAGCCUGCAACCUCUGCUGCCCCCCACAGACACACGCUUGAGGCCGGACCAGAGGUUGGCGCUCAUUAUUUGUCUGAUGUUGAUUCCUCUGUCUGUCCCUAGACACCAUUCCCACCCAUUUAGAAAUCUAAUACUUUACUACUUUUGUUACUGUUGAAACGUCUAUUCUGGC